GCAAACAAACCCUGUCUCCUCACUCCUGUCAUACUACCCUCUAUUUAUAUACCACUUCACUCUCACAGUCUCACUCCCCAUUCUGCUCAGACCAUCUCUUUACAACAUGCCACUCAAGCUCUUGCUUCUUUUCUUGGCCUCUCUUCUUCUUUCAACAAUGGUCUCAGCACAAAAUGAGGAGCUGUUGGCUCCAGUCAAGGCAGCUCCACCUGUUCCUGUCAAGGGAUCACCACCACCACCUCCUCCUGCUCCAGAGGUCAAACCACCCAUUUUUACGCCGCCAUUCAACACGCCUCUAGUGUCGCCACCUCCUCCACCGCCAAGAAACACUAAAGAAUGCUACCCACCAUGUGUAAUUAGGUGCAAGUUACACUCAAGAAAGAAUGUGUGCCUGAGAGCUUGUGUGACAUGCUGUGACAGAUGCAAAUGUGUUCCUCCGGGCCAAUAUGGCAACAAAGAAAAGUGUGGCAAGUGUUAUGCUAAUAUGACCACUCGCGGCGGAAGACCAAAGUGCCCCUGAACUCAUUACCAUCUCUGGAGAGCAACAAGUGAAGAACCUGUACUAUAUAAUAUGCAUGUAGUUUCAAGUAUUAAAUGCCAAUUAAUGUUAUGAUUUCAUUUUGUGGUAGGUUUGUUUCAAGGUUUCUGUUUUAAAUAGAAUGGUUAUUCUUAUUCGGGCUUUA